CGGCCGGCCCCGCCUUCCGGUUAAGGAGCAGUUUUGGGUGGGGGCGUUCAACGCGGAAGUGCCUCAGGCCUGCAUUGGUAGGACCGAGCAGGAUGCUGCGCUGCCGCCAAAAGUUUGAAGAGGUCAAGAAAAAAAGACCAUAUGCAUUGCCAGUUGGAAUUUAUCCAUCUUUCUUGCCAACUAGAAUGAAGCCCAUCAACUUGUCCUUUGCAGCGUGUGGGUUUCUGGGCAUCUACCACUUGGGGGCAGCAUCGGCCUUUUGCAAACACGGACAGAAACUGCUGCAGAACGUCAAGGCCUUCGCGGGGGCCUCGGCCGGGUCCUUGGCUGCAUCCGUCCUGCUAACAGCGCCAGAAAAAAUAGAGGAAUGCAGCGAAUUUACCUACCAGUUUGCCGAAGAAAUCCGAGGACAGUCUUUUGGGGCCCUCACGCCUGGCUACGAUUUCAUGGCGCGGUUGAGAAGCAGAAUGGAGUCGAUUCUCCCUCCCGACGCCCACAAGCUGGCCCAGCACCGACUGCACGUGUCCAUCACCAACACCAGGACCAGAGAAAAUUGCCUGGUCUCGAGCUUCUCCUGCAGGGAGGACCUCAUUCAGAAGUGGGCGGACGGCGGUCUCACCGACAGCCUCCCCAUCCUGCCUGCGGGCCGGACCGUGACCAUCUCGCCCUUCAGCGGGCGGCUGGACAUCUCCCCGCGGGACGCGGGGCGGCCCGACCUCUACGUCACCAUUGCGAAUCAGGACAUCACGCUGUCCCUGGCGAACCUGGUGAGGCUCAGCCAAGCCCUCUGCCCCCCCAGCACGAGGAAGAUGGAAUGCCUGUACCAGCGCGGCUUCGACGACACCGUCAAGUUUUUGCUGAAGGAGAACUGGUUCGAAGAGAAGGCCUAAGCGUAAAAGAGCGCCACAAAAACACAUUUCUGACAGUUUCGAGGGGGGUUGCUAAUUACAUACUUUUUACAUGGCAGAACUCUGUCCACUUCAUUAGUUUUCAUAAUACUUUUCAUUAUUUGUCGUAAUUAAAUUUUUACUUGGUGCAAAGAAAUAAGAGGCUUUUUCUUAGAAUUUGGCAACGUGCUUCAGGAUGCCACUCAGGUGGAAAAACGUAGGCAGAUCAACGAGUGCGAAACGUGAAGAACCGUGUUGACCGAGCCGUCUCGGGAGGGAGCGACCCGAUCGCUCAGCUGUUAUGUUUAAACCUUGUGGCUCCGAUGCCGCGUCCUCGCUCAUCUGAGGGGUGGUCCUGUGUCUCGGAGGAAUUCCGUGUGUGGGUUCACACUCACCGCACACUGGCUCGGAUCUUAAAUCGGUUUUUACUGGGCCUCUCCAUGACAAAGAAGCAACAGCUUAGAAACAAACCAGCUUUUAAUUGCCUGCCCUUAAUUGUUAUGCAUUUGUCUUUUUUUACCAUUGGCAACUGGUCCUUAAAUCAGUUUUAUGGUCCCUGGAAGCCGCAAAUACACCCCUUCUAGCACGUAAACACCCACUACUGCCUCUUUUCCUGGGAGUUACGCACAGACUUGGGAGAGCGCGGCGCUGUUCCUUGCUUUUCCAUGUUCUCCCA